AUGAUAAAUUUUGGGAAGGUUUUAUUAAAAAAAUCAAAAUUAAGUUUAGAAGACAUGAGAAAUUUUAUUAGUUUACCAAUUGAUUCAAAUACAGAAGAUAUACCAAUAUAUUCUUACGAUGAAAAUAUAUAGGUAAUAAAUGAGAGUAAUAAAGAUAAUGUCAACAUAUGAGUUAGAAUAAUCUAUUAAACAUAUACCUAUUAAAGAUUAAGUAAUCCAUUCAAUUGCUCAUAUUGAAUAUAAUGCUAUGAAAUCAUAUAUUGACACCCUUGUUAGAUUUAUAAAUCAAGUUCCUGCUUAAUUUUAAAAAGAAUUUAAAGAAGACUUAGGAUAAAUUGCAUUUGAAGAAUUUUAGCAUUUUGAAUUAGUUAAUUAAUUAUGUUAAUAUGGAUCUUAACCUGUACAUAAUAAUCUUCAAAAAAGGAUGAUGUUAACUAUGGAUUCUCUACUAGGUAGAUUAGCUAUUUUGAGUAUUGUUAAUGAAGGAAGAGGAAUGGAUACAGGACUUAAUUUAAUUUCUAAAUUAGAAGGAGAUAUUAGAUAUGAAAAAGUAAUUAAAAAGAUAGUCAAAGAGGAAAGUAACCAUGUUAGAAUCGGACUUAAAUGGUUUGAACGAUUAAAUGAUAAUAAAAAUCCCUAGGAAUUAUUUUUGAAAAUAAUGAAUAAGUAUAAUAUACCUAAAAAUUGGAAAAUAAAUGUUUAAAAAAGAAAAUAAGUAGGUUUUAAUGAUUAAUGGAUUCAAUGUUUAUAAAAUUGGAAUUGA